AUGAACUUACCCAUCAAUGGCAGUAGUAUCCUCAAUAUCAAUACCCAUUACAAAAUCAAAACCAAGAAUCUAUAUUACAAUGCUAAAACCAAUUCCAUCCUAACCAACGUUAAUUUCGAAGCAAACCCAUAUCAAAUAACCGCCAUAUCCGGUCCAAGCGGCGCCGGAAAAACCACCUUACUAGAAAUCCUCGCCGGAGUUGUUAUUCCAUCAUCUGGUCAGGUUUUCAUAAACGACACUCAAAUGGAUCCUCCCCAUUUUCGAAAAAUCUCUGGUUAUGUAACUCAAGAUGAUGCUCUAUUCCCUCUUUUAACAGUUCGUGAGACACUUCUUUAUCGUGCUAUGUUAAAAGUACCUAAAAGAGCAGUUGAAAGGGUUGAUGAUUUAUUGAAGGAAAUGGGUUUGGAUCAUAUUGGUGAUGUUAGAAUUGGUGAUGAAUCGAGAAGGGGUAUAUCUGGUGGGGAGAAAAGAAGGGUUUCUAUUGGUCUUGAUUUUGUUCAUGAUCCUGAUGUUUUGUUUCUUGAUGAACCUACUUCUGGGUUGGAUUCUGGUUCGGCUUUUCAUGUGGUGGAUAUGCUUAAAUCUAUGGCUAGAAAUAAUGGGAAAACGAUUGUUUUGACUAUUCAUCAACCGGGUUUUCGGAUUUUGGAAAUACUUGAUCGGGUUGCUUUGAUUUCUAAAGGUGUUCUCCUUCAUCAUGGUCCUCUGUUUCUUUUAGAAGAACAACUUAAACUUUCUGGCCAUUGUAUUCCUCCUCAGGUCAAUGUCCUCGAGUUCGCCAUUGAUUUAGCUCAAAACAUACAAAUAGACAUUGAAGAAGCUGCAGUGAUAAGAGAAAUUAAACAAGAGUUUAAUCUAUCCGAUCAAGUCAUGAACAAUGAUGAUCAUCAUCAUCACCAUAUCACCUAUCCCAAUCCUAUAUACAAAGAGGUAUUAAUUCUAAGCCAAAGAUUUUCAAAAAACCUUUACAGAAACAAACAGCUAUUCCUAGGAAAAAUCCUACAAGCAAUUAUUGCAGGAAUCUUAUUGGGUACCAUAUUCAUGAACAUGAGCAAAAAACCCAAGAAAUUCAAACAACAAGCCGAACUAGGUUUCUUCGCUUUCAGCCUCACCUUCUUAAUGUCAUCAGCAGCAGAGGUUUUACCAGUUUUUCUCGAAGAGAAGAGAAUCUUGAUGAGAGAAACAUCUCGUGGAGCAUAUAGGGUUUUCUCUUAUGUUAUCUCGAGUAUCCUAGUUUUCCUACCUUUCCUUCUAAUCGUCGCGUUUCUUUUCUCGUUGUCGGUUUAUUGGCUCGUCGGCCUCAGGGGAACCCUAGAUGGUUUCCUAUAUUUCUGGCUGAUUGCAUGGAUGGUGACGGUUACGUCGAAUUCUGUCGUGGCGUGUGCUAGUUCAAUCGUCUCCGAUUUCGUCACAGGUUAUACAUUGAUUGCGUCACUUAUGGGAUCGUUCUUUUUGUUUUCUGGGUAUUUCAUAUCGAAGGAAGAUGUGCCGAUUUAUUGGCGUUUCGUGCAUUAUUUGAGCUUGUUUAAGUAUCCGUUUGAGGGUAUUGUUAUAAAUGAAUUUGGAGGAACUGCGGGCGAGAUGAAAUGUUUGCAGUCUGUGGAAGGUACAUGUCUUGUAAAUGGAAGAGAGUUCUUGAAACAGCUAGGGUUUCAUGAAUCAUCUAAGUGGAUUAAUGUUAUAGUAAUGUUUGUUUUCAUAAUCGGGUAUAGAUUGCUUAGUGUUAUUAUUUUGUGUUACAUAAACUCUAGAACAAGAAGAUAGGUAAUUAAGUUAGGGAUGUGCUUUUUUUUA